CAGGAGGGUCCUUGCCCGGGUAGGGGUGUGGGGCUGCUCCCCCUGCGUGUCGCCGGGCUGUUCAUUUAAAUUGCAAAUAAAGCGGCUCGGCGCCCGCCCAGCCGGGGGGAGGCGGGUCCGGGUGCUGCACCGGCCGGCGGGCGUGAAGCUGCCCCGCGGGGCUGGCAGCGGCACGGGCGAGCCCAUGGCCGGGGUGGUGGUGGUGGUGGUGGCGGCGGCGGCCCCGGCCCCGGCCCCGGCCCCGGUCCCGGCCCCCGGGGCUUUGCUCUGCGCCCUGCUCUGGGCAGCGGCGGCGGCGGCGGCAGCGGCGGGGGCCGGCCCCGAGGGCAGCCCCGCACCCGGCGCCUUCGGCCGCGUCUACCGGGGCAACGUGAACAUCAGCGCGGAGCGGGUCUACGCCUUCGCCUACCGCAGCCAGCCCGGCCAGGUCGAUGCAGUGCGGGUGUAUGUGAACAGCAGCUCUGAGAACCUCCAAUAUCCUGUCCUGUUUGUGGUUCGCCAACAGAAGGGAGUGCUCUCAUGGCAGGUCCCGCUAAUUUUUCGAGGCCUCUAUCAGAGGACCUACAAUUACCAAGAAGUGAGUCGGACCCUCUGUCCCUCUGAGCCAACACCUGAGACAGGAUCCUCUGACCAGAUCAUAUUUGUGGAUGUCGCUUCCAUGGCACCAUUUAAUAUUGCGUAUGAGCUGCUAGUCACCAGGCUUGAGAACUUCCAACUUGAGACCAACAAAGCCUUUAACUUCACUGCCAGCCCUUCCCAGCCCCAGUAUUUUCUGUACAGAUUUCCUCAGGAUGUCGAUUCAGUCAUCAUUAAAGUGGUGUCUGAUGCAGUCUACCCCUGCUCCGUUGUCUCCGUCCAGGACAUUGUGUGCCCAGUGUAUGACCUGGACCAUAAUGUGGAGUUCAACGGUGUAUACCAGUCUAUGACUAAGCAGGCAGCCAUAACGGUGCAGAGAAAGGAUUUUCCAGGUGAGCAGUUCUUCGUUGUAUUCGUCAUCAAGCCAGAGGAUUAUGCCUGUGGGGGUUCUGUGCCUUCUUCUAUUCAUGGGAGUGCCAACCGUACCUGGAACCUGCAGCGGACAAAGAACCUUCAAGUGACGAUUGUGCCCUCUGUUAAAAAGUCUGUUUAUGUCCAGGCCAUGUUCUUCAGCUUCUUGAGUUUCCUCUCCUUUUACCUGGGCUCAGUGGUUGUUGCUUUUGUGCACUACAUCAGGGUUCAGAGGAAGGCUUCAGCUGGGAGGCUGUGUCCUGAGGAUGGAUCUGGGAUCAUGACGUCUUCACACCCCAUCACAGCCAGCACCCCUGAGGGAAGCAGCUAUGGUGCUAUUGAUGAGUCCAGCUCCAGCGGUGGACGACAGUUUUCUUCCCCUGAGGGCGGGCCACGGGCUGGUUCUGACACAGACAGCUCUGUGGAGGAGGAGAGUGACUUCGACACCAUGCCAGAGAUUGAAAGUGAUAAGAACAUCAUCCGCACUAAGGUGUUCCUCUAUCUAUCAGACCUGUCCAGGAAGGACCGAAGGAUUGUCAGCAAAAAAUACAAAAUCUAUUUCUGGAACAUCAUCACCAUUGCAGUCUUUUAUGCCCUGCCAGUCAUCCAGCUCGUCAUCACUUACCAGACGGUAGUGAAUGUGACAGGCAAUCAGGACAUCUGCUACUACAACUUCCUGUGCGCUCAUCCGCUUGGGGUGCUGAGUGCCUUCAACAACAUCCUCAGCAACGUGGGCCACAUGCUGCUGGGCUUUCUCUUCCUCCUCAUUGUGUUGCGCAGGGACAUUCUCCACCGUCGCGCCAUGGAGAUGAAAGAUGUCUAUACACUGGACUAUGGGAUCCCAAAGCAUUUUGGUCUCUUCUACGCUAUGGGCAUUGCUCUAAUGAUGGAAGGGGUGCUCAGUGCCUGUUACCAUGUCUGCCCUAAUUACUCCAAUUUCCAGUUUGACACCUCCUUCAUGUACAUGAUCGCAGGACUGUGCAUGCUGAAGCUCUACCAGACCCGCCACCCAGACAUCAAUGCCAGUGCCUACUCUGCCUAUGCCUCGUUUGCUGUGGUGAUCUGUCUGGCUGUCCUUGGAGUGGUGUUUGGGAAAAAUGACAUCUGGUUUUGGGUCAUUUUCUCAAUAAUCCAUGUUUUGGCCUCACUGGCUCUCAGCACCCAGAUCUACUACAUGGGCCGCUUCAAGAUCGAUGGCCCUGACUCAGACUUGGGGAUGUUUCGACGGGCAGUGAUGGUGCUGUACACAGACUGUAUCCAGCGGUGCAGUCGACCAAUGUAUAUGGACAGGAUGGUGCUGCUCAUUGUUGGAAACCUGGUCAACUGGUCCUUUGCUGUCUUUGGGCUGGUGUAUCGGCCCAGAGACUUCGCCUCCUACAUACUGGGGAUCUUUAUCUGUAACCUCUUGUUGUAUCUGGCUUUCUACAUCAUCAUGAAGCUCCGCAGCUCUGAGAAGCUCCUGCCCAUCCCUAUGUUCUGCAUUGUGGCCACAGCAGUGGUGUGGGCAGCUGCCCUCUACUUCUUCUUCCAGACCCUCAGCAGCUGGGAGGAGACGCCAGCAGAGUCCCGGGAAAAGAACCGGCCCUGCAUCCUGCUGGGCUUCUUUGAUGACCAUGAUGUCUGGCACUUCCUCUCCGCGGCUGCCUUGUUCUUCUCCUUUCUGGUCCUGCUGACCCUGGAUGAUGACCUGGACGUGGUGCGCAGGGACAAGAUCCCGGUGUUCUGAGUGCCAGGGGAUGGGGGCGCAGGGGCGUCCCAAACUGCUCAGCCAAAGCCACUGGGCCACUGGCAUCUGUGGGGAAUGAGCCUGCUCCUGUGGCCAACAGCACCGUGGGAGCAGGGGAGCCAGAUCCCACAGCAAGUAUGAAGGGUGCUGCAGUAACUGAGGUGGGACUGGGAGGGAAGAUGAUGUUUUCUCUUAUCCCACCACAUCGUCUGGGGCAGGCAUGACCCAGCGCUGAGGCCAGUGCACAGCCCUCUGGCUUACAGGUGCAGUGGGUGCUGGAGCCAGUGAAGAGGGAGGAAGCAGGAGGUGUGUUUGAGACCUUGGCUUUCCUUCCUCCCUGCUGAUGUGCUCUGCUUCCUCUCUGGUGAGCAGGCUUGAGAAGUGCAGUGCAGCUCCUCCUGCAUUGGCAGCUGGUGCCUGUGCCCUGCAGGCUGCUGCCCUCAGAGAGUUCCUUUGGCAUCAUGGGGAGAGCGUUUGGUUCCUAUCCUGCAGCCGCCAAGGGAGCAAAGGACUUCAAACUGAGGUGGCAGUGGGACACUGCUCCUCCUGUAGCUGGUGGGGAGCCAUGGUAACAAACCACUGCAGUGUUGCAGGGAGAUGAUGGACUAGGGUUGCCCAGCAGUGCUCUGCCAGGGGCAGAACCUCCCGCUUUGCUCUUGCAGCCCCUCUCUUACUCAUAUUGAACAGCAUCAGUUCUCGCUGGUGGCUUCCAUGCAAGCACUUCUCAGUGUGAUGGUGUCCUUCGCAACACCAGAACUGCUGUCCUCAAGUGGCCCUAAGAGAGACAGUGUGAUGAAGCUGUAGCCUUGUGCACUGGGCAGCUCCUUGGCAGCUCCUUGGCUCCUGCUGCAUGGCCUUGCUAAAGGAGCAAGGUGGAAGGGAGAAGCCAUCCAGCAGCCUCAGACUUUCUCCUUUCAUAAGCUGGCUUUAGGCAAACUUGGCAAAGCAGGAUCCCUGUUGGGCUGGGAGUGUGGAGGAGAUUUUGGGGCAGUUGGGGUUGAGCUCUUUGGCUAAAGAUCUGGACCAAACUUCUCUGCUCUCCAACUCUUCUGCAUCUGGAAUAAGUUUUUAAAUGGCUUCUGCAUUCUUCCUCAGUUCUUAGUUAUUUAAAAAACAAGAAUAAGGUGUGAAUUAUUUCAGGCCUUGCAUCUAAAAUGUGACCUGUUUUGCUAAUUUUGAAUUAAAAAAGUAUUCUUUGAGGCCUGCUGUCCUUAUUCUUGUCAUUGUCUGAGCAUUUUUCCUUUGGAGUAUGUGCAUGUACCUGGUGAUGCAAAGGCUCCAUUCCACUUGUGCUUACCAAAGCAGAAGGCUGUGGUAAUUUUCUCCUUGGAGAAGUCUGCAUCUCCUGGAAAGGUUUUGCACUAGUUGGUUUUUAUUUUACUUUUCCUAAGUUGGAGUUUGUCAAGAUGGUCAAUAAAAUGAAUGUUCCUGGUUCCCUGCUCUGCAGGGUGAGCUGAAUUCUUCUUGCUCCAGCUUUCAACAGCAGCAAAGAGAGCACUCAGGGCAGAGGGGUGUUCAGUGGUGUCACAGAGCUGCUGUCAUCCCUAGGACCUUCACAAAGCAUAGGUGCAGACAACCUGCUUGUUUUCUGAACCCAACUGCCUUUGUGAGGCUAAAUAAAGAUCAGACACUUGUUUCUCACUGAGACCCCUUCAGCAGAGUGAAGAGAGGCUGGAGGAGGAAUGACACAAAAGGCUGCUAGCUGUUACCUUCCCAGAGAUGGAGCUGUGUUUCAGGCAGGGCAUGCCAGAACAUGCAGGUGGUGGUCCCUGUGUGCUGCCUGGUGUUACAGUGCUUUGGGCUUGACCUGGGAGGUUUGCUGUGUGGAUGGGGUUGUGAAUGAUUCAUGUUGGACAUAGCGAUAUGUUUCUCAGGCUUGUUGUGAAGCACAAGCUUCUCUUCCUUAACAGUGUCAACAUGGGCUGCAGGGAAGGAGAUGACACUUGCUUUUGUCUGAGUAGCACCAGCAGAGGAGGGUCAAGCUGAGGAGAGUCCACACUUUGCUUUCAGCCACCCUGCAGCCUUGCCAUGUGUUCUUGGCUACUCAGGCUUGCCUGCAGCUUCCUUGCACUUUCUGGGAAGUGGCUGCCAGCCCUAGUGGGUUCAGCACCAACUCCCAUGAAGUGCUAAACCAAAGGAAGCCGCCACUGGAGUCAAGGCUUGUCUUGCUCCUCUGGGACCUGGAGGGAGAUGUGUAGAUCUCAUCUAAGGUGGGAGCUUGGCAAGGUGGGAAGCAAUUCUGGAGUGAUUAAAGGUGCUUGAAGUGGAGAUACUGCCCUGCUGCUGCCUGAGGCUCAACAGUUAGAGCAUCUGCCUCCUGUAGGAGCUUCGCUUUUAAUCUUCUAACUGCCUGGUUUCUCUGGUGUCCAUACACCAGUCACUCCUUGCAGCAGCUGUAAAGCACUCCAGAGCUCACUGAGUGUUUUCAUAUGAAGUGGACAAGUCUGGCCAAGAGACUCCUGUGUGGUUUCUUACUAGAAUUAGCAAAUGCUGCCUCCCUCAGUUCCCUUGAGGCAGAGAGAUGGGAAGAAGAGUGACACUAGUUCGAACACUUUUUGGUCUUGGCAGAUGGUCGUAACUGGUGUACAAGCAGGUAAUUGGGGUGGGGGGAGCAAGGCUUGGAGGAUCCAGUGUUGGAUCCUGCUCUUUGUGAGUCUAACCUGAAGUGCUCUUUGCUCACUGCGCUGCCUUCACACCCCUGCUUAGUCAGGUGCAGGAUGGGAUCUUGCCUUGCAGGACUGUCCUUACUUUGUGUUUAGGUGUGGAGAAGGGUGAGCAGCUUUUCCUCUUCUACGAGUAUGUUCUGCUCUUGAUGUAUUUUGCAGUGUGCAGAAAUCAAGGAUUUCUGGGAUAAGGCCCUCGAGUAGCAGGAAUAUCACUUCUGUGCCAGACUGAAGAAGGGGCUUGUGUGCCCCAAAAUUUGUCCAGUUUUGGACACACAUUUUCAUUCCUUCUCCCUGUGUCUUCCAUAGUCUACAGUCUCAGACCU